CUAACACUUUGUUUUGAAUUUAAAAGUGUGCACAUGUGUAAGAUUAAAAAUGAAGAGAUUAUCAGAAGAAAGAACAAAAAUUUUAUUUGAAAAAUUGGCAAAAUACAUUGGACAAAAUGUAAAACUUUUAAUUGAUAGGCCUGAUGGACUUUACUGCUUUAGAGAACAAAAAGACAGAGUUUACUAUGUAUCAGAGAAAAUUUUAAAGUUAGCCAAUACAAUUCAACCAGAGUUUUUAAUAUCUGUUGGAACUUGUUUUGGAAAAUUCACAAAGUCAAACAAAUUCAGAUUACAUGUAACUGCAUUGAGUUAUUUGGCGCCAUAUGCACAGGGUAAAAUUUGGUUAAAAGCACCUGCAGAACAACAAUUUUUAUAUGGAAACCAUGUGGCAAAAUCAGGUUUAGGAAGAAUUAGUGAAAACGCGGAAAAAUACCAAGGUGUUGUUGUUUACAGUAUGUCUGAUUUACCAUUAGGAUUUGGUGUGGCUGCAAGAUCUACAGCUGAAUGUAAACAUGCUGACCCUAUGUCCUCAGUAUGCUUUCACCAGGCUGACAUAGGGGAAUAUAUUAGAUCAGAAGAGGACUUGUUGUAAUAAGUAUAGUAUAAUUGUUCAGUUAAUUAAGUUUUUUAAUAAAUGUGUAUCGACU